AUACUUCAGUUCUAUUUCAGGAGCCCCGUCAUGUCGGGCGAAGGGCAGUAUCUCAUUUCGAACGACGGUACCAAGAUUUGGGCAGACGCAUGCGGUGAUCCCUCGAAACCCUCAGUUGUCUUUAUCCAUGGGCUUUCUUGUACAGCACUCGCUUUUGAAAGGCAGUUCUCCGACCCAGAGCUCCUGAAGAACCUAUACAUGAUUCGGUACGAGAUGAGGGGUCAUGGAAGGAGCGGGCAUCCAGAAGACUUCAAUUCAUAUGCAUCUAUUCGAUUUGCAGAAGACUUUAAGACCGUCUGUGAUGCAUAUAGAUUGAAGAAGCCUUUCAUUUGUGGCUGGAGUAUGGGUGGGCUCGUUCCCGUGGAUGUCGUGGACGCCUACGGCGCUGAGAAAAUAAGCGGUGUCCUCCUACCCGGUGGUCCUAUGAUAACCCGGACUCUUCAUCAUCAAUACAUCCAUCCUUUCAUGAAGGAGAAUCUACCCUUAUUCCUCAAGGACUCGGCGGAUAUUCAAGCAAAGGCAGCCGUGCUGUUUGUCGAGUCUUGCGUCGAGAAUCCAAGUGUCUCCUUACCAUUUGAAACGAAGAUCAAAUGGAUAGGCGGGUACCUGAUGCAGUCGCCGUCCAUUCGAACGCAUAUUGUCACCCGUACCCAGGACAGUGAACGAUGGGAGAGGGAGAUCAAGGAUAUACCUGUUCAAAUAAUUCAAGGAGAAUUGGAUCGACACUCAAUGACGGAGAAGCUCAUUCCAGUCGCCAAGAAGUACCUGCCCAAAUUGGAGUUACAUAUCAUCGAGGGCGUAGGGCAUGCACCGUGUUUCGAGCGACCGGAGCAGACAAAUAGGCUCAUGCUGGAAUUUGUGCAGAGGUUUUCGCUUAGUAGUCAACUUUCUCCGUAUGUUCAGCGAUCACUAUUGUGAUUAGUUGUAAUCACACACACGAACUUAAGAGGCAAUCACGAGUGGCAACUACCUUGUUUCUUACCUGAAAGAAACGAUACUCGGUAUACAAUUCAAUUAUUACU